ACUAUUCUAAAAUCAGAAAUUCAGAAUCAGCUGCAACUAACAAUAAUUAUUAUUAUUAUUUUAUUUAUUUUUUAGGUUUUAUAUAUAGUCAUGGCAAAUGUACUGAGGCUCUUUUCACUCUCUUCUAGUCUCCUAAAAUUCUCUCAAAGGUCAUUCCUCUCUCCUCAUUUGAGUAUACGAUUGCAAUCAGUUCCCAAGCACUCCUUCUCUUCCUCAGUCUCCUCCUGUCUGGCUGUAUCUCAAACAUUAUUUAAAUCAAUCCGACUCCCUUUUCUAUUAGUUCCUCUUGGUCUGUUCUCUCGCGGUUGCUCCAGCAGUAUUAUUGCUCAGUGUCGAUCGAAAGGUUCUUCGAGGGUUUCACUUUUAAGAACUCGGCACCUUUCAAACGAGCGAGGCUUCGGCUCGCCUAGUUUUGAUUGGCUGUCCUUUUGGAACAUAUUAGCACCGGAUAUCCUUAUCCUCCUAUUGGCUGCAAUGAGUGCUGUUGUGGUUGCUUUUCUUAAUGUCCGUAUUCCUCUUACGCUUGGUGAGCUCAUUAAUGUCAUAUCUGGAAUGACUACUGGUAAAAAGGCUGGUCAGUAUCUCUCUGAGCUUGUCAGGCCUGGAUUGAGUCUCGCUGGCCUGUAUGUAUUGCAAAGCUUAUUCACAUUCGGUUACAUUUCUCUUCUCUCAAUUGUUGGGGAGAGGUGUGCACUCCGUCUAAGGACUCAACUCUUUCAGUCUCUCCUUGAACAAGACAUUGCUUUCUUUGACACACACAAGACAGGAGAACUAGUGAACAGGCUUUCUGGUGAUGUUCAAGACUUCAAGAGUUCUUUUAAGAUGGUUGUCGGUCAAGGGCUUAAGAGUGUUACCCAGACUGCUGGCUGUGUCAUUUCACUAUUCAUAAUUUCACCAAAGAUGACUAUGCUGGUAGGUGUUGUUGUACCAGCAAUGAUUGGUGUGGGUACUGUACUUGGGAGAAUAUUGAGAGGAUGGUCAUAUGAAGCACAGGAACAAGUUUCAAUGGCGACUGCCGUAGCUGAUGAAGCUUUGAGUAACAUUCGUACAGUGAGAGCAUUUGCAAUGGAAGAUAAAGAACUGAGUUUAUACGAACGUGAGCUAGUGCAGGCCAGUUGGUUCAAUCAAAGAUUAGGCUUUGGGAUUGCUGGCUUUCAAGGACUAACCAAUCUAGCCAUCAAUGGUAUGGUACUGGUAGUAUUGUCACAUGGUGGCCUGUUACUGGCGUCCAAUCAGAUCACUCCUGGUUCUUUGAUGUCAUUUCUUGUUGCCACUCAGACAAUACAGCGUAGCCUCGGCCAGCUCUCAAUCCUCUUUGGUCAAGUUGUGAAAGGAAUGACUGCUGGAAGUCGUGUGUUUGAAUACAUUGAUAUGCCACACUCUAUUCCAGUCUCUGGAGGGGCUGUCAUAUCUGCAGAUAAACUUGUUGGUGAAGUUGAGUUUAGAAAUGUUUCAUUCUCUUAUCCGUCUCGAUCAGAACAAAAAGUCCUUGAUGAUUUCAAUAUUUCACUAUCGGCUGGUAAAGUAAUGGCACUUUGUGGCUUAUCUGGUGCAGGGAAAUCAACUGUAGCUGUUCUAUUAGAAAGAUUUUAUGAUCCUGAGCUUGGAGGAAUAUAUAUUGAUGGGAGGGAUUUACGUAGCUUAGAUCCACAGUGGGUAAGAGGGUCACUCAUUGGCUACAUUAAUCAAGAGCCUAUUCUCUUUGCUACCAGCAUUAUUGAGAAUAUAAGAUAUGGUAAACCUUCUGCUACAGACAGUGAGGUAUAUGAAGCAGCUAAAUUGGCCAAUGCUGAUGAAUUCAUUUCCAAGUUCCCUGCUGGGUAUAGGACAAUAGUAGGAGAGAGAGGAGUGACACUCUCUGGUGGACAAAAGCAAAGAGUAGCUAUAGCUAGAGCAUUAUUAAAAGACCCCCAAGUCCUGAUACUUGAUGAAGCAACGAGUGCAUUAGAUGCGCAGUCGGAGAAACUAGUACAAGAGGCAUUAGACAGAGUUUCAAAAGGUCGUACUGUACUGGUAAUAGCUCACAGAUUGAGCACCAUACAAGAUGCUGAUACCAUUGCUGUUGUACAUCAAGGAAAGAUCAGAGAGACUGGAAGUCACAGCUCCUUGUUGAGACAAAAAGGACUCUAUUAUGAAUUGGUCAGAAGGCAGACGGACAUUUUAACUAGCAAAGAGUGACAAAAAAGAAAAUAGUAUAAUUAUUAUGUACAUUUUUAAUAGCAGUGUUAUUAUAAUAAUAGAUAAAAAAUAAAAUAGAUAAAAAAUAUAAUUAUGUUUACAAUAAACAGAAUAAUAAGAGAAUUCGAAUUUAA